GUGAUUUUGGAAUCUCUAAGGUACUUGAGAACACUGUGGAUGUUGCACAGACUAUUGUUGGAACACCAAGUUACCUUAGUCCAGAGUUGUGCCAGGAUAUACCAUAUUCCUCGAAAUCAGAUGUGUGGGCUGUUGGAUGUUUGCUGUAUGAAUUAUGCGCUUUAAAGUCACCAUUUGAUGCCCAGAAUCUAAUCAGUCUUUUCUUUAAAAUUAUCAAAUGUGAAUUUGAGCCAAUACCGAGUAUAUAUAGUAAAGAAUUACAGGAGAUAGUCAACAUGAUUCUUGUAAAAUCCCCUGAUGACAGACCUAGUGCCAGUGCUUUGCUGAAUACACAGUUAGUGAAAAAACAUUUAGCUAUGUUUAUAGAACAGAAAGAGAAUCUACUGCAACAAAAAUCUUCCAAAGAUGACUCUCUAUCUACCCCACAACACACACCUACAACUGUUCCUAAACUAAAGCAACAGAAAAGCAACAUGGAAAAACCAAGUUCAAGUUUAAAGAGAAAUAAACUAAAGAUAUCAACACCGAUGUUACAGAAGUCAGAUUAUUUACAAAAUGCAGAGUUGACAAGCAGGGAGAGGUCACCUCAUGGUCAAGAUAGUGGAUUAGGUGUCAGUGCUGAAACAGAUAUAAUUAGAGAAAACAGAUUAGACAUUCCUAAACCAGAUACAGAUGCUGCCUCGGACUAUUCAGACGACUUUGAUGAUGCUGAUGAAGCAGAUUCUGAUAUUGAAGAAGACAUAAAAGAAGAGAUAGAAUGUGUAGAGAGUGAUGACUCUGAAGAUGAAAUAGAAGAUAUCACAGAAAAUAAUGAUGAGGCAGAGUAUGCUGAUGAUUUUGAAGAAUAUGACUCCAGUGAGGAUUUAGAUGCCAUGGUACAUCUAGCAAAGGAGGCCCAGGAUAUUGAGGCGGUAGACGACUGGUUUGCAGAUAGUAUUUCUGACCUACACAGACAACAAACUGCCAUGCUCAGACAACAAUGUAAGGAAGCAUUGGGAGGAAGAGGGUUGAAGGAAGUGGAGCGUCUAGUCAGUGAUGGUACACUUACAGAAGAGGAUCUUAGCCCACAAUUUGCAUUGAGAAGGUCCAUUGGUGAAGAUAGUGCUGAAAUCUGUCAUUUAAACAUAGAUGACCUUGAACUUGGUUGAGCAUUGCAUCAGUUUCUAAAUAUAGAAUAUUUCCCCAGAAUGCAAAGGGAAGGUGAUGUGCAAUAUCCGUCCAGCAUGUUUACUUGUGAUAAUCAAAGUUAACAAUCAGCGAGACAUUGUUGAGAUAUAAGAUUUCUGUGUGCUGUGGUUUUGCUAGAGCUAAAAGGGACUCCACUGAGGUUUUUUUGACUUGAUGGGACUGGAAAUAUUUUUCCAAUAUUUUUGUACCAUUUGAUUAAUGACUUAUAUACAAAUGUUCAGAUCAUUCCCUCUCCCAGUUACUUUUUCAGAAUCAUCAAAAAUAAUAAAAUACUAUGCAAAAAACAAAUGAAAAGCUUAUAAACUGCUAUAGUUUUCACUCAAAUCAAGCCAAGAAUCGCACAAAAAUUAAUUUUCAAUGUUUAAUUCUGAGCAUAUUUAUUUAUCAUCCUUUGCAGAAUUUUCCAUUAGUUUUAAGUCAUAUAUUUGAUUUAUGUAAGAAUGUUCAAUUUUAUGUUUUAUGCUUUUUUACCUCGGUCGAGUUCCUUUAAAGUUGUAGAAUUUUAAGAUGUUCAUGUACAGUUCUUUUUUAAGUUUUUAUAUGAAGAAUAAUUUAUUGAUAAUAACACGUUUGUUAAUUUUCCUUUGGUUAGAAUAGUGAGACAUCAAGUGUAACUCUUUCAUAUACAUGUAGUUUAAACUAAAUCAAAUUUUCAGCCUCAGACAAACUCAUUUUAGAUAGUUUGUACAUGUUUAGCUUGAUUUAUUUCUAUGGUCUCUAGCAUAACAAUCAAACGGAAAUUAAUGGAAUUUUGUAUUAUGAAAUGAUUAAUAAGUAUUAUUGAUAUCUUUAACCUUUGCCAUAACAUAUCACAUAUAAACCUUAGCAAAAACCUUUAUCCAAACUUGGAUAAAACACAUGUCUUGAAAUACAACCUUGACCCAGAGAUGACUAUGACCUUCAAAGUCAAAUAAAUUUCACAAUAAUUUUGUGACAGAUUUGGGAAGCGGACAUUUGUGUUAAAUAAUAAACACAUUUUGUUCUUGCCCGUUUUUAUUUUUAAAAGAAUACUCAUAUUUUGUGAUUUAUUUUAUGGCUCACUAGAUUACAAUCGUUACCAUAAUUUGAAUACAUUUGUUGUUAAAUUUGUUUAUAUUCCUGCCAAAUGUUUACAAUGGAAAUGAUGUAAAAUUUUUAAUGAUAUAGUAAUGUAUUUUUGUAAUUGAUUGGUGCAUUAUACUUUGUUUUAUCACACACCUAUGCCGCUUUUGACUCUGUUAUAACGGUAUUGCACAGCUGUGCAUAUAUUUUGACGGACCAUCAUUUGUGUUAUACAAACUUAGCAUAAAAACAUGCUAAAUGUUGGUGUUACAGUAUAUGCACAUCAAUGUAAAAGUGAUUCUUUUCACUGUAAACAGUUCUGAUUUUGGGUAUGUGAUAAAUAGAAUAUUAUUUUUGUGUAGAUUCAAUAUUAAAGUUAUUGAUCUUGUUGAAUAAAACAAUAUUAUGCUCGCUGACUUUAUUAAACUUGCUCUGGCGAGCAUAAUAUUGUUUUAUUCACCUUGUUCAAUAAAUUAAGUAUUGAACCCACACACAUUUGAUAUUCUCUAUGUAAUUACCUUAUAUUAUUGUCUUAAUGUUGUUAAAACCUUGUAACAGUAGUAUUUGUUUUACAUUAAAACAUCCUUCAUCUUUACUUUGAAGACCAGUGUCAAACUGGAUAAUUAUAUAGAUAAAAUUUGAUUACUGCUAGAUUGAAACUUUAGUUCAGGAUCACAAAAAUGUUAACAUGGUUUGUGCAUUCUAACAGUUGCAAACAUCAUAAAUCUAAAUAAUUUUAAAACAUCUUUAUAAUUUUGCAUUUAGUAUACAAAAGAAAGAAUUGUAAAUACACAUACAAGCAAUAUAUUAAAAACUUUUUUAUUGUUUGAAAUUUUUAAAUACAAGCAUUAAGCAAGCGUCAUUAGGGCACUUUUCCUUUAUUGAUUGCUAGCCAUUCAUUGAAGAACCGUCCAUUCUUAUAUCUGCUAAUUACAUGUAUAUUUAUUAUAUUUUAUUUUUGUAAUGCUUCUUGUUUUUGUCUCUUUUAUUUUGAAAAGUACUGUGAUAAUAAUUCAAGUUUAAUCAUUUCUCAUAAAUAAUCAUACAUGUAGUCAUAUAAAUGGAAGAAAUGGAAAUGGUUUAUAAUGAAUUUAGAAGGAAACUGAAGAGAACAGCAUCCUGAGCUAUCUAAAGUGCGCAGAGAUGUUUGUUUCUAAACACAGAAGAUUGGGAAACAAAUUGUUUGCUUUACUCAUUUUCAUAUUAUAGAGAGCGGACUAGUAGAUUAGCAGUGUGGAGGGGUUUCCUUAUUGUUUAUUUAUUUAAUCGAAAACAAGUUUCAUUUUAUACCUUAAUUCCUUUGAUUUGACAAUUUUAUGAAACGAUUUAUUUUUAAAUAAAAAAUAUUUAAGGCUGCUCCAAACUGCAGUUAAUUUUAAAAGUGGCAAUUAUUGCCAG